ACGGGGAGUUGCUUGAAUGCGAGGAAGAUUCUAAAGAUGAUCCCAGAGUCCAGCAAAGCCAGAUUAUUGUACAAUUAACAGGCAGUGAAUCCAGAAUUCUUUGCCUUGCUCAUCAUGUCGAUAGACAUUCAGAAAGCGAAGACGGAAGCGCACGAGAAUGCGGCAAAACAUGUCGCYACAAUGCUUCAAAAUCCAGACAGCCUGGACAAAGUAGAACAGUGGAGAAGACGUGUCAUGAGAAACAAGGCUUCAGUUGAAGCUCGUCUCAAGAGCGCAGUACAGUCCCAACUAGAGGGAGUACGAUCAGGACUAGGGCACUUACAAAGUGCUUUAGAGGACAUCAAGACAAUUAAACAAAGCAUGGAUGAAGUUGAUGAUAUGCUGAAAGGAGUCUCAACUCUAAGUGAAAACUUAGACAAAGUCAGACAGAAACAGUUUGAACAUACACAGGUGUCCAAGGCAUGUGAACAUCUGAAUCAUAUCUUUAAUGUUCCUGAGAAUGUUGAAAAAACCUACACAUUGAUCAGUGAAGGCAAACUUUUAUUAGCUCACAAAAGUCUCUCCGACCUUGAGGCCACUAGGGAUGAGCUACUUUACGAAGUCCACAAGAUGUCUAUGUCUGAAGAAGGAACAAGAACAGAUAAAACGCCUUUGAACAACUAUUUUGCUGAUGUCAACAAAUUAUCAGAUUCCCUUGGAAAGCAACUUUGGAUCAUUAUGCAAAGAUUUCUGAGUACUGUGAGGAGUGAUCCUGCACAAUUGGUGACGGCACUGAGGAUUGUUGAGAGAGAAGAAAGGGCAGAUAAAAGAGSCAAAGAAAGACAUGAAAAAACAGGUUUCACAGUCCCAGGACGACCAAAAGAGUGGAAAAAAAGAUGCUUGCAUGAAUUACAAGCAGCCAUUGCCUGUCGGUUUGAAAGUCUUGAGAUGCAUCUUGAGAAUCGUCACAGCGAGAAAAUGUGGCUUGUCAAACAUCUUGAGAGAACCAGACAAAAARUCCUGGACGACCUCAUAAUAAUCAAGAGCCUUUGUCAGCCGUGCUUCCCUCCAAGCUACAAUAUCUUUGACAAGUCUGUUGAAUUGUACCAUAGUGAGCUCUCUUCCAUGCUUGAAAGAACAGUGAUUGAGCAGCAYCUUGAGUCAAAUGAGUGUGUCAGCUUACUUACAUGGAUAAGUGAAUAUGGUGGUCUUGACCUUAUGAUGCAUCCUGAAAUUCAAGUUGAUGUUGGCUGUUUGACUCCUUUGCUGUCAGAGUCGGUGUAUAAAAAUCUAGUUAAAACGUAUAUUACCACUACAGCUAAAAACAUCAAGGAAUGGAUGGGAAAAAUGAUUGAGACUGAUCUGAAGGACUGGAACAACGAAUCUCUCCCAGAUACUGAUGGUGAAGGGUUUUACAACACAUCUUUACCAGUYUUUCUGUUUCAAAUGGUUGAUCAGAAUCUGCAAGUGGCUGCCCAGACAGGAGAAGAUCUUAAGCUCAAGAUAUUUGACAUAUGCAUCGAAGAAAUCCAAGAGUUUCAAAGAGACUACAGACGUUCAGUGAAAGAAUUCAAGGCUAAGCAUUUUGAAGACAGAAGUCAGCCUCCAAGAUUUGUUGAAUACAUGAUUGCGAUAGUGAACAACUGUCAGUCAUCCAUCAAGUUUGCUGAACAACUCAAGGACAAUACACUUUCUGAAGUUGGAAAACCWAACUUUGGUGAAGACAGGCUGAGGAUAUUCCAAAGCAUCAAUGACUGUUACAAUAAAAUUGGACAGGAAGGAUGUAUUUUCUUGCUKGAUGAAGUGUUUCUCGACUUGGAUCCUUUCUUUACUGAAAUUAUGACCCCAGCUUGGGUUUCAACCCCAACUCAAGUUGAUACAAUAAUUGCAACUUUUGAAGACUAUUCUUCAGAUUUUACUCAUUUA